AUGCCGACGACGACGCGGGCGAUGCGAUCGCGCGCGCGCGCGCCCGCGCGAUCGGACUCGCGCGCGCGGGUGCGAGAGACGUCGAGCGCGAAGGAAGGGUCGGGGCCGACGCGCGGGCGCGAGGACGGCGGGCGGCGCGCGGGCGCUUCGCGCGGGCGAGGGAGGGAUCGGGCGAUUCGACGGGCGUCGUUGGUGAACGCGGCGUUCGCUGUGGUGCUCGCGGGAUGUUUCUCGCCGAUAGGGUUGGGGUUGGGAGGAUGGCGCUCGGACGAGCUCUUCGACCUGGCGGGCGACGAACCGCAGAUGGAAUUCUUCUCGAUAUCGUCUUGGAUCGGGCUAACACACCUUCGGGAGUUCGUGGAAACUAUUUUCAUUAUGUGGGUGGGGGACGAGGCGGCGAACGCGCGUUGGGCGAUGCGAGGGGAGGGUAUGAACUUUGUGCGGGUCGGUUUGCUCGUGCUCGAGGGGCGAUCCGUCGCGGGGACGGCAAAGUUGAAGUCUGUGUACAGAUACAUCGCGCUCGGUGCGAGCGCGGUGAUUGGGAUGUUGUAUCGAACGGCGUUGAGUGGGACGAGUCCAGCAGCGCGGCGAUUGCCGAUGCUACGAUUGUACAAUUCCGCGCACAACGUUCUUCUCUUGAGCUGGGCGAUGCUCGUGUUGUACGCGUGCACAUUCAUCUUUCAUGACGAUCCAGUGCAACUCUACUACCUGAAGAAAGGAACUCGUGUGGAGGCGGCGAUGCAGAACUGGAUGCUCGUGGGCAUCACGACGUGCAUUAUGAGCGUACAAACAGCGUUGACGUCGCUUUCCACGGUGAUGCAGGCAAAGUACUGCUUGUUACACGUAUUCAUCGAAUCCGUCGCGCUGGUACAGAUGCUCUGGCAAGAACUGAGCCUGGGUCUGUUCACGGCGGGCAUCGUCGAGGGGCAAAUAUUCAAUCAUCUGUUCAUUAAGCUCACGCUCGUGAUACCACUCAUUUACGGAUACCUAUCAGACAGGAAUCGCUGCAACUCUCCACUUAAUUCUCUGUCUGGUUCUCUCGGGAGCGCGGGAAGCCGCAGGCGAGCGUGA